ACAUAAGACGCCAAAGAGAUCACUGAAUAGGAAAUCACGGAUACCUACUUUCAGCUCUCCUGUUAAUGAUGCUGAUAAAGAGCAAGAAAUCUUUUGGGAUCCUAAUUCACCAAUUGCAUGCAGACUAGGCAAUGAAAAAAAGAAACAGACUGCCAGUAGAUGCGCAGUAGAAAUUUCAGAAAUUGUUAAUCGUAUUGCUCCUCAGGAUGAAAAAGCAGCCUGCAGUGGAGGAUCCCUUUUAGAGACAUGGAUUGGUGAGGAUGCCAUUCCCUGUACACCUGGAGUAGUAAAACUGCGAGCUAGAACAAAGUUAAGCUGUACAAGAGAUCUUAAAAUAAAAAAUCCUGAAGACGAACUCAUGAAAUUGGCUAAGGAAUUUGAUAAAAAUCUGGUAGAGUUGGAUGCUGUUCAGGAACAAGAGAAGCUUUGUCAGGACUUCGUCCAGACUGCCUCAGAGACUUUAAGUAAUUGUAAAGAUGAAGUACAGAUGAAGAACCAGAAAUCGGUCCUUGAUGAAGUUUCUGAAACAGAUAGUACUCUGUCCCUGAAACCAGUGGGAGAGAGCACUGGGGUUCCUGCUGCAGAGCCCUGUCAACCUAGUAGUCAGAAGUCUGUAGACCUGGAGGCUGAAAUAGCCCUUCAUGCCCUUUUUGAUUGCUCUACCCAGAAAUGUAGUGGACAGCUGAGCCAAGGACUGUCAGGUAUUUCUUUAAAUAACAGUUUCCAGGAAAACAAAAGCACCUUGGAGGAAGAACACCUUCCUGAGCCAAUUAAAAACAUGCAACAUGUUACUUCUGAGACAUGUCAACAAGAUACUCCGUGUUUACUAGGAAGCACGAACCAGACUUUUCCAAAAACUUGUACCUUCAUGUUGACAAAACAAAAUUCUUCUUCUUUGAAGACAAAAUUGGUGGUCUCCAGUAAGCUUACUGAAGUAGUUAGUGAUGAUUUUGAUGACUGGGAUACAGAUUUUCUGGCAGAUGACUCUUUUGUCAUGCAAAUAACCCAAAAUCCUGAAUUGAUAAGUACUGAAGAGGCUUCACCAGUUCCUACAAAUCCACCCGCGCGUGGUUUCAGUGAUGCUAGUAGAACAAAGGAAAAAAGUAGUUGCAAUUCAGUAACGUGUUUGGGGAGCUUACACAAGUCUAACAAUUUGCAGUAUUCACCUUUGAAACAGUCUAGUAAAAACACACAAAAUGUUGCAAAAUCUCUACAUUUACAAAAGCCAUAUAACAAGACAGAAAUGUCAAAGACACAGACUCUUUCCUUUCAUGGCAAAUGUGAGGUUAAGCCAGACAAAAUAAAUGCUACUUGGAAGAGAGCCCAAAACAAUGAUUUUCACUACAUUCCUGUUUCAACGCAAUCCCAAGUGAAGAAUGGAAAUGAAACUAUUCAGCCUAAAAGUAACCCUGUUCCUCUUUUUCCUUCAAAAUCCAAUUCUCAUAGACCACAGACUGAAAAACUUGGGAAUAAUGCACACAGUAUUUCCUGUCAAUCAUCCAAUAUUUCUACCAAUACAAAACCUAAUGAUCUGACUAAAGCGGUCAGCCAAGCUAAUACAGGUUACUUAAACCAAGCUGAAAUACCAAAGAAAUGCCCUCUAUCGUUUGACUGGAAUGAACCAAAGUUUUCUGAUGAGGUUUUAGAUAUGUUUUGUGAAUCUGACAGUCUUUGGGAUGCAAACUGUGAGGAUGAUGAAUUGUUGUAUCGGGUAUGUGACGAUAUAGAAAAGCAAACUCAGAGCCAGGACGUUAAACAAGGAAAUGAAAGAGCUAAAACUACACAAGGAGCCAAUAUUAAUUCCAGGUCAAAUGCUGAUAACAGCUGCCCGGCAUCUAGACAAGGACUAUCUGAUCGCCUCUUUGCUCAAAACAGUAAUGCAAAACAGGAUACACUUUCAGUAAACCUUUCCUGUAGAAACUCCUCAAAGGUUACACAUGGACUGACUACAACAGGUCACGCAGUGAACUGCAAAAAUGUCUCCAGUCCAGUAACUGUGAUCUCGAGUACUCCUAUGGAGUAUAAAUACACAUUGUCUAAAAACUGUCAUCUAGCUGCUUCUGAAGAUACUACAAAGACUAUUUCAGGAAAAUGGUACAGAUCGAAUUCUGUGCCAGCAGGAAAGACUGGUUCUGAAGUAAGUCCUGUUAAUGCAGUAAACACUUCUAGUAGCAAAACAUUAGACAGCCAAGAUCUUUUGUAUAAUGCGGGAAAGACGCUAAAUAACAGUUCUGGUAACAAACUGUCACUUAUGCCUUCAAAGUUUAAGUUCCGAAAGACUAACAGUUCUCAGGUUGCUCUUCAUGUAGAGUCUGAAAAUCCAGAGAGUCAUUCAGGCAUUGGAAUUACUCUGCAGGAUUUGGAAGAAAGCAAGAAUCACUUGAACGUGACUUUGCACAGCAAGCUUGAAAAUAAGAAACCACCUUUCAAGAGACACCUCUCAGAAUCUUUUGCACUGCCUACAUCAGGAAGACAGACAAGAUCAGUGAAUCCAGUGUUUGUGGAAGAGGCCAAGGCAGAUACAAGCUGUGGAGCUAAAAAUGACAGCCUGAGUAAGUAGCCAUCAAAGACGAAACUGGAAAUACUCUGGCAAUUGUGCUGUAAAUCAUAACUGCAAUAUUUGUUCAAAGCUCUGGUUACUAAGCACACUGGUGUUUUUGUCGGACUCAUCAGAGCCGUCCUGCCUCAUAAAACACUUACGAAUAUCUAAUGUACUGUUCUUGUGGAACUAAAUAUAAAUUUCUUUGACUAUUAUCUGUAUGCAAUGUCAGUGUGGUGGGCUGGCAAACCAGCAAGGGCCUGAUCUAGUCUUGCUGCCAUUUCCCUAAAGCAUUGGAGGUAACAGAGCAAACAGAGAAUCAAGCCCAUGCAUUUCAUUAUUCUAGUAGUUCUUGUCUUUAGCGCAUAAAUCUAGUAAAAUUGGACCACGUUGAUCAGAAACUGUUAUUGUUUAUGCUCAUUUUCAAACUUUUUUGGGGAAAAAAGGUUGCAUUUAUGCAUAGCUGCUCAAAAGCCACAGUUAACAGCUUUCACCCAGAACAAGUUCGAAGAGGUGAGGAGAGGAAUACAGGAUUUACCGAUUUCCUUUUUAAUGACAUUGCCUGCUCUUUGCAGGUUUGCCUUUUUAAGGGUGGUUUGGGUUUCAACUCUGGAAAAUUAGACUUAGGAAUGAUACUUUGCAUGCCCUUCUGCAC